AUGGCACCCCGCGCAAUUAAGUCCAAAGUAAAAUCGGGUUGCCAAACCUGCAAAGCCCGAAAGGUCAAAUGCGACGAAGGCAAGCCCGUAUGUUUCCGAUGUUAUUCCACGGGUCGCGUCUGCGAAGGUUACGGAAUAUGGGGCGGAGGUGGUAACGAUUACGGCUGCCGUCCCAUCAGCUCUAAUCGCAAAAGCCUAACAUCUUUCUACACACCAACGCUAGUAAACACGGUGAACAAAGAGGAGACCCGAUAUCUCGAGUGGUUUACAUACCGAAGUGUCUUGAAGCUUCCUGGGGUUUUUAGUUUUCAAUUUUGGGACAGGCUCGUAUUCCAAGCCGCCUCAAGCGAGCCAGCCGUUUUACAUGCUAUUCUCGCCUUGAGCUCAGCCCAUAGGAAAGAAGGACUUCUUUUGGAUACCUCACCAGAUGUCGCUCCGGAUAAGCAGGAACAUUUUACAUUGGAACACUACACCAAAGCAAUAGCCCACCUCCAGCCGCAUUUCACUUCUAGAAGUAAUCAGUCAGUCCGUGUUGCACUUAUCACAUGUCUAAUGUUUGUCACAAUGGAAUAUCUCCGGGGUCAUUUCAAGACUGGCUACGAUCAUCUCCAAAACGGGUUGAAACUUCUGAACGAGUUCCAAGCCCGCUCAAGUGCAAUAGAUAGUUACAGUCUAUUCCAGGAACCGUGUUGCGAUUCGGUGGAUGCCUGGAUCAUCCAAGCCUUCAUUAGGCUUGAUGUGCAGGCAAAGUUUCAGUGUCAAGGGUCACAAUUCUUGAAUAUUACCAAAGAGGAUUUUUAUACAGCCUUCAGCGCCCUAGUCGCUACUAGUGCAGCUGCUCCGCAAGACAUCUCUGGCUCGGGGCAGAUUUACGUCCUUAACAGUACCAGCUUUCAGAAUGCCUCUCCCGCCGAUAGCAUCGGGUGUCUAAACGCGAAGGGCGGCUUUUCCGAGUCGGACUGUGCCACCUUCACCAGGCUCAACACUUAUCCCAACACGCUUUCCACCAGCGCCGGUAACUGCACGUUCAGAGACUCUACGCAACCGGCCAACACGGACAGUGCGUAUGGCUCUAGGUCGUACUCCUACUUCUGUCGGGAAGACUACGUAGCCUCAGUUGCGGAUUCUCUAUAUACCAUCAAUGGAUUCAACUACGCAUUCCUGUGCCACGGGGAUACCAACUGCUACUACGAUGUUAAGACUAUCCCUAGAGACACGACCAUCGCACCCGUCUGGGAGUAUGUAUGGGGAUCUCAGCAGACGGAGGUUCCCAAGGGACAUACCCAAGUGAUGUGGUACUGGAAGAAGAUUUAG